AUGAUGAAAGUAGUGUUGAAGGUGGAAAUAUAUGAUGACAGAACGAAGCAAAAAGCCAUGAAGACAGUAUCUGGCAUUUCAGGGGUAGAAUCAGUUUCUGUGGACAUGAAAGACAAGAAAUUAACCUUAACUGGAGACAUUGAUUCAAUACAUGUAGUGAGCAAAUUAAGGAAGUGGUGUCAUACUGAUAUAAUCUCUGUUGGUCCUGCCAAAGAGGACAAGAAGAAGGAAGAACCUAAGCCCGAUGUGAAGAAGGAUCAAAUUCAAUUAAUUGAAACUUAUCCCCAUUAUUUUCAGAUGCCACAACCACAACCACAUUUCAUUCAAUACUCCUCUGUUGCAAGAUUUGAACAGGAUCCUAUUGGAUGUGUCAUAUGUUGA